AUGGCACCGCCUCCCUCUGACCCCGUGGUCGACAUCCACACACACAUGUACCCGCCCAGCUACAUCUCGCUCCUCUCCAACCGCUCAACAGUACCAUACAUACACCAGCCCUCCGACCCCAAAGCUGACCCACGACUGAUCAUCCUCGACUCCGACGAUGACCCUGCUCGGCCGAGAUCUUCCCGAGGACGCCCUGUCGACAGCACGUACUCGUCGUUCGACAAGAAACGGGAGUUCAUGAGACUCCACGGCAUCACAUGCAGCGUUAUCUCCUUGGCCAACCCAUGGCUUGAUUUCCUGGACCCAGAGUCGGCUCGCGCCACGGCCGUGGGCAUCAACGACGAUCUCGAGAGUGCGUGUGCGGAGAACAACGCCUCGUCCCAGCAUGCUGGGCUGAAACUGUACGCUUUUGCAAGCUUGCCGCUCUCGGCGCCCGCGGAGGACAUCGUCUCGGAGAUCCAGCGGCUGAAGACACUACCGCACGUCAAAGGCGUGAUCAUGGGCACGACGGGCCUGGGGAAGGGGCUGGACGAUCCAGCUUUGGAUGCGGUCUAUUCCGCGCUCGCAACGACCAACACUAUUGUAUUCCUUCAUCCUCACUACGGUCUCCCCGCCGAAGCCUUCGGCGGUCCAUCGGUCAUCGCCAGGUCCGGACACGUGUUGCCCCUCGCUCUCGGCUUCCCGCUCGAGACCACGAUCGCCGUGUCCAGGAUGUACCUGUCCGGCGUCUUCGACCGACACCCGAAGCUCGAAUUCCUGCUGGCCCAUUCUGGAGGAACCAUACCCUUCCUCGCAGGCCGCAUUGAAUCGUGCGUCGCCCACGAGCGAGAAUUCAUCGCGAAUGGAGGCAAGACACAGGGCCCACAGCGCUCGAUCUGGGAUGUCCUGCAGACGAACAUUUAUCUCGACGCUGUGAUCUAUGGGCAGCCGGGCUUGAAGGCCGCGCUGGAGGCGGCGGGGAGCGUUGAUCGGGUUUUGUUUGGGACGGACCAUCCGUUCUUUCCGCCUCUGGGCGACGAGGAAGGAGGGAAGUGGCUGAGCGUGGAGAGCAAUAAAGGCGUUAUUAGAUCCUCGUUUCCGCAAGACGAAGCAGCAAGAAAGAAAAUCUUAGGUGGAAACGCGGUAAGAGUGCUUGGCUUGGACUUAUGA